GGGUUUCGUCGUCGUCGUCGUCGUCGUCGUCGUCGGCUUCCUCCUCCUCCUCACAAGAGGUUCUCCAAUGGCGGAAGCGAUAUCGAGGUACUUAAGGGAUGGAUCCCUGGAAGGCGAGCACGCCCCUGCCCUAACCAUCGAGGACUCCCUCCGCAGCCCCCUCGGAUCCCACGCGUUCCACCACUUCCUCACCGCUCUCCUCUCCCACAUCACCAAUGGAAGAUCCCAAGCCAGUGGCCUUGUGUUGGUGGCGUUGAACCGGAGCCCCUCGUUCUACUUUGAUUUGUUGAAAAGGAGCGGUUUUGAUGCGUCUCUAGUGGACAAGUCGGUUCGUGUAUUGGAUUGCUACUCGGAUCCGCUUGGGUGGAAGGAUCUCAUUUCGCGGAGUGAGACUGAUAGAAAGAGGCCCAUUGGAAGGGCUUCUGUUACUGGUUUUAAGAAUGUGAAAAACAUUGAUAAGUUAUUGUCCUCAGUUCUCGAUUUAGGAAAAGGAUUCGCUGGACAAGGCAAGUCCAAGUUUGCCGUUGCCGUUGAUUCGGUCAGUAUUAUGUUAAGGCAUUCUUCAUUACCAUCAGUUACAGGCCUGCUCAGUAAUCUUCGCAGCCACGAUCAAAUUUCAUCUAUCUUUUGGUUAAUACACUCAGACCUUCAUGAAAUGAGGGUUUCUACAGCACUUGAAUACAUCUCUUCAAUGGUGGCGAGUAUAGAGCCAGUAGUCUUAUCUACUAAUAAUGGACAUGGAAGUGCUGGCAAUUUGCUUUCUCUUGAGCAAAACCUUUGCAAAGCUAAGUUUCAUGUUCGCCUGAAGCAGCGCAACGGAAGAGUGAAGCUACUUCAAGAAGAGUUACAUAUUGAGCAAAAUGGCAUAAAAUUUGCUUCUGUGACUUCCGUGAGUACAGCGGUGAACCAAAGUCUUUUGCCUAAGGUCCAGUUUAACCUCCAGCUUUCAGAUAAGGAGCUGAUUGACAGGGCAAAUGUUGUUCUCCCUUUCGAGCAUCAAGGAAAUGGUGAGAAUAUACAAAUUUAUGAUGGCCGGCGGUCCCUUCCAGAGAACCAAAGGGAUGAUACAAAAGCUGCUCCAGGGUCAGAAAAGGGUGGUCAAAUCCAUUAUAUCCGUGAUUCGGACGAUGAGCGACCCGAUUCAGAUGAAGAUCCAGACGACGAUCUUGACAUUUGAGCGAUUUAAAGCUGGUUUUUCCUCCACCCUGGCAGCUCAAUGUUGGCCCUAUCAACUUCAGUUUGAUUGUUCUCGCAACUAUGAUGAAAUGGAGAUGGCCAUGAGCAAGCAUUACGAGGGCGAAUCCACGGUUUUCGUUUCGAGAGGUGUGAAAUAUCUCGAUUUAAUCCCCGCGUCGACCCCCUCCUCCUGAGUGGUACAUGACCCAGAGUUCUCUCUAUGUGAACACAAAUUGCACUAGCAAAUUUGUAAGUUUUGUUUUGCUGGGGUAUUAUACAUACAUAUCCAAUAUGUCUCGAGUGUUAGUUGUAUGAUGCCUUGAUCUAAUAAUAUGUAAUAUAGUUCUUUUAUCUUA